GUUGAAUUUUAUGAAACAUGUUGGACAAGUGCAGGAACAAAAAACAGGAAGAAGUCAUUAAAUUUGGUGAAGAUGAACUGACCUAGUUGCUCUUUCGGCAGUUGUGGUGGUUGCAUUUCUGUGGUUGAAGAGGAAGUCUCAGAGAGACCAGGCGGAUGAACAUCAACCUGUAACAAACUAGAAUGCAGAGACUCUGCAGAGCGUUCAGGAGGACGCUGGAGUACCCGGGGAGAACACACGCAGAUGCAGGGAAAACAUGCAAACGCCAAACAGAAAGAUGUUGGUGUGAUGGUGGAAUUGAACUCAGGACCUUCUUCCUGUGACCUUGACGACACAAGAUGGAGCCACUUGAUCAGCUCCUCAACAUAUUCAACUAAUGAUGACCAUCAGCUCUGCUGUUCAGUGUUUCAGAGUUUACAUCGAUGUAGCUUCUGCUGUUACUUCUGCUAAAACAUAUAUUACUAGUACUACCUUUAGAGGUCAGGGCAGCCGGAUUCAUCAGACUCUUUAUCUCUUCAUAACACACAGCUACCUCUCUAAGCUGCACCCCACCCACCACACUCCAAAUAUAUAUGCACAUUGUAACUGUAUAUUUAGGCCAGAUCAAUUUAGUACCUGAAAUGGUGAUUGUACAAAGUGUUGUUGUUGCUGAAUUAAUCCUACAGUAAAGGCAAUGCCAGCGCUGUGCUGAAGACGUUAGGCUAGAGGUGAAGGAGUUUCACUUCCUGUAGAGUUACUUGGUAUUUGUGGUUUGUCUGAAGGUGUUGCACACGACAUAAUCAGUGCCCGAAGUAGGAAGUGUAGAGCACUUCUGUGUCAGAGUCCAUCAGAGCUGAGCUGCUUUCAGACGGCUCCGUCUUGUUGUGGAUGCUGAAGCUGAUCAUGGUUCUCCUGUGGAUGAUCCUGUUGGUGGUUCUGCUCUGUGCAGAGGCCGAGAACGUGACCGAGGUCAGAGGAGAGCUGGGGACCAAUGUCACUCUAACCUGCUCCAAUCAGACAGCAGACACAUACUGGUACAUGGAGAUCCACAGUCAGUUCAGAGCAUGUAUCGGCCGCAGUUUUUCUUCAGCAGGCUCUACCCUCUACUCUCCUGGUUUUGAAACCAAAUUUUCAAUCCUGGGAAACAAACUCGUGAUUAAAAACUUCACAGCAGAGGACUGCAGGCUUUACUUCUGUGGCAUCAAGAGAGGAGGCAGCAAUCAGUUUGUGGAAACUUUCCAUCUCAUUUCAGAUGUAACUCAAAAACCUGUUGCACUCACUGACAGCAACCAGCAGAGUGAGCUUGUCAUCCUGAGCUCUCUGAGCCUGAACGCGGCACUCAUUCUUGUGGUGAUCUGUCUGAGUUGUGUAUCGCUGUCUCUGAAGAGGAGAAUCAGCAAGUAUCAGGCAAACCUCCCUCCAGCUGGGACCAGUGAGAGGCUGGAGACUCCACAGAAGGAGAUCCAGCCCCCGCCUCGAUCUGCUGCUCCUCCUUCAGAGGGCAUUUACUACAAACUUCACCUGCCUUGCUUCACAUUGCCUCAAAGCUGACAAACACACCUGGACAGGUGGAUGAUACCUGCUGGAUUCACAUUUCACAACUUUUUGCCAAACCUUUUUUAAAGUGGUUCAGAACUUCAGAUGGUUAAACCAGAACCAAAACCUGCUGUAAAAACCUGUAAAUAUGUGUACACUUCACUUUGAUUCAUCACAUUAUAGUGAACACAGCGUGAACGUUACAAUGAAACAUGUUGGACAAAAAAAGGCAAAGUCUGAAAAUUUUGAGAUUUAAAAAAAAUAAAAACAAUAUAAAUUUUAAAACUACCAGAGACUAAAAAUUAAAUUUAAAAAGUCAUAAAUAGAUCAAGUAGAGUGUGAGAUGUAGUUUUUCUUUCUUUUUUUUUUUUUCAAUUCAAGACCGUCUGACAUUGGAGUGAAUUUAGAAGAUCAUUGCGUUGUGUUAACAAACACCUGAACGCUCCAGACCUGCAACCUGCCAACAACGCUGCUUUUAUAGAGCUGCUCAUACUCACUGACGAUCAGUUACUGAUGUGUACCUGGCUGCUACAAAUCCUGUUUAUUCCUAUGGAAACAGUAAGGCUGGGCUUAACAGUUGGUUUAGCUUUUGUUAAAUAAAUAAUGAGACAGUGUAAUGUGUCAUGUUGUGGUUUUGUUACUGUGUGACAAUGUGUGUGUGAAAAAACAGAAUACACUGAUUUACAUUCAGAGCUUAAACAGAACUGAAACUAGUAAAAAACAACAUGUUCACGUGAGAAAUUACAAGAAAAUAGGUGACAUCAUCUCUCUCCGAGAGAGAGAGGGAUUUAAUGCUCUGUGAAAGUCUGCAAGGAUAAAUAGUAGUGAAGCCUUGAAACUUUCCUUCCAAGGGGUUAAAAAAAAGUUCCUUUCUCGAGGUUUCAUGUGCACACAGCUCCCUCAUUUCAACUAUUUGUUAUGGCCUUAUGGCUGUGUUCCAACAGUGUCAGCAUGGAGAUAAUCAAAGAAAUAAAAACA